UCGGCGCGGAACGGGCGGCUGGUGGAAGCCGGUGCCGAAGGGAGAAUCGCAGCGCCGCUGCCGCCUCCGCCUGGGCCUGGGUCGCCCGGUAGCCCGCGAUGGGCGCCGAGCCCUGAGCGCCCACCGCCGCUUUUCCACAGCGUCUUUGCUCGGCUGUGAUGGAGGCACCGCCCGGCGGCCGCGUUCCCGCCGAGGGCGCCCAAACGCCGGCCGUGGCCGAGGUGCGCUGCCCCGGCCCCGGACCGCUGCGCCUGCUCGAGUGGAGGGUGGCGGCUGGCGCGGCCGUACGCAUCGGCUCUGUGCUGGCCGUGUGCGAGGCCGCCGCCUCCGCGCAGCCCACCGGGCCCGCCCCUACCCGCCCCGGCUCCGGGGGCUGCGUGCGCACUGAGCGCAGGCUGAGGUCGGAGCGCGCGGGCGUGGUGCGGGAGCUGUGCGCGCAGCCCGGCCAGGUGGUGGCCCCCGGGGCGGUUCUCGUGCAAUUAGAAGGAUGUAGCCACCCCGUCGUCAUGAAGGGCCUGUGCGCUGAGUGCGGCCAAGACCUGACCCAGCUGCAGAGUAAGAAUGGGAGGCCGCAGGUGCCGCUGUCCACGGCCACCGUGUCGAUGGUGCACAGCGUCCCUGAGCUCAUGGUGAGCUCCGAGCAAGCCGAGCAGCUAGGAAGGGAAGACCAGCAGCGACUGCACCGCAACAGAAAACUAGUGCUCAUGGUGGACUUGGACCAGACCUUGAUCCACACCACGGAGCAGCACUGCCAGCAGAUGUCCAACAAAGGCAUAUUCCACUUCCAGCUGGGCCGGGGCGAGCCGAUGCUGCACACGCGCCUGCGCCCGCACUGCAAGGGGUUCCUGGAGAAGAUCGCCAAGCUGUACGAGCUUCACGUCUUCACGUUCGGCAGCCGCCUGUACGCACACACGAUCGCAGAAUCCCAAGUUGCAGCAAGUCCAGACGAGGCCAUCACGAGGAGACCGCAGGCAGUGUCCCAGCGACGGUGGAUGCAGAGACCCACCAAGCAGCACCUCGACCGGGGGACCCGAGGCUUCUUAGAUCCUGAGAAGAAGCUUUUUUCUCAUCGAAUAUUAUCGAGGGACGAAUGUAUUGACCCGUUUUCCAAAACGGGGAACCUCAGAAACCUUUUUCCUUGUGGAGACUCCAUGGUUUGCAUUAUCGAUGACCGAGAAGACGUGUGGAAGUUUGCCCCCAACCUGAUAACUGUGAAGAAAUACGUGUACUUCCAGGGCAUAGGUGACAUCAAUGCCCCAUCCGGGUCCCGGGAGCCCCAGGCAAGGAGGAGAGUCAGUCCUUCUCCUAAAGGUGCCGACGCCACGGAGCAGCCUCCGUCCGUCAAGGAUCCCGAGGAAGGAAGGCAGAUGUCUGGGGUCGAACAGACCAACGGCCUCGGGAAGCCCACGCGGGAGCUCAACGGGGGCGCGGGCCCUCGUGGGGGCUGGCCCUGUCCUGGGCAGGAGGAGGAGAGGGGCGCCCGGCCCGCCGCCCGCACCCCCUCGGCUGACGGCCGGGGGCCCCUGGCGGGCACCCAGCAGCACGGGCGGACACCGCUGGAGAAGAGGCCCGUGCGGGGUCCGGUGGGCCCUGACCCGGACCCAGAUGUCCCCAGUGACAGCGGGAGCAGCAGCGAGUCGGAGGGCCGGCCGUCCCCCGUCCCCUCUGAUGGGGAGAGUGGGGAGAAGAGGACCCGGAGAAAGCCUCCAGCCACCUGCCAUGCUGGGGACGUUGCGGCACAGGGCGGCCCCCCGGGCGCCAGUCCCUGCGUGGAGCCCGGGCCCGGCGUCCAGGCAGCCGUGCAGGGGGAGGGCGAGCGGGACGGCCUCUGCGGGCUGGGCGGCGGCUGUGCCGACAGGAGGGAGGCCGAGACGGAGUCGCAGAACAGUGAGCAGUCGGGCAUCACGGUGGGCGAGUCCCUGGACCAGAGCGCGGAGGAGGAGGAGGAGGAGGAGGACGCCGACGCCGACGACCACCUGGUCCAUCUGGAGGAGAUCCUCGCCCGCGUGCACUCCGCCUACUACGCCAAGUACGACCGCUUUCUCCGCGGGGAGACCCAGGAGGCCCCCGACAUCCGGAAGAUCGUCCCCGAGCUGCGCGGCCGGGUGCUGGCCGACGUGGCCAUCAUCUUCAGCGGGCUGCACCCCACGAACUUCCCCGUCGAGAAGACCCGGGAGCACUACCACGCCACGGCCCUGGGGGCCAGGAUCCUCACCCAGCUGGCGCUGGGCCCCGACAACCCCGACCGGGCCACCCACCUGAUCGCCGCGCGGGCUGGCACGGAGAAGGUGCGCCAGGCCCAGGAUUCCGGGCGUCUGCACGUGGUCAACCCCGACUGGCUGUGGAGCUGCCUGGAGCGCUGGGACAAGGUGGAGGAGCGGCUGUUCCCGCUGCGUGGUGACCAGGCCAAGCCCCAGAGGGAGGACGGCCCGGCCGCCUUUCCCGACAGGCAGGGCCUGCUUCCGACCACCCUGUUUCAUCCGACACCCGUGCAUCCCAAGGCCUCGCCUGGCCCUGAAGUUCGGAUCUACGACGCCAGCACGGGCAAGCUCAUCCGCAAGGGGGCCGCGGGCCCCGGGCCCCCCGGCUCCCUGCCGGUACACGCGGAGCUCUCCUCCUUCAGAGCCGUGCAGCCGCAUCACCAGCAGAUGUUUGGCGAAGACUUGCCAGCUAACCAAGAUGGCGAGCAGCCCGGUCCUUCCAGAAGGAAGCGCCAGCCCAGCAUGUCGGAGACUAUGCCGCUGUACACGCUGUGUAAGGAGGACUUAGAGAGCAUGGACAAAGAGGUGGAUGACAUCCUAGGAGAGGGCAGCGACGACAGCGACAGCGAGAAGAAGAAGCCGGGAGACGCGGAGGAGCGGGAGUGGGGGCCGAGGCCCGGGCCGCCCGAGGUCCUGGGGGCCCCGGGGGGGGCCACGCCCCGCUCAGCGCCAGCCCCCGAGAGGAGUGCGGCAGACGGCCGGGGGCCCAGGGGCCACAAGAGGAAGCUGAACGAAGAGGACGCAGCCAGCGAGUCCAGCGGAGCGUCCAGCUGCGAGGACGAGGAGGGGGGCAGCUCGGAGGCGGACGAGAUGGCGGCCGCGCUGGAGGCCGAGCUCGGCGACCUCAUGUGACCGUGGGGCGGGCACUCGGGUCACCUGCGUCCCAGGGGGCUUCCCCUCCUCCAGAGGGACAUGUCUGUUUGCAGAGCUCCACCUGCAGAAACACACUGUUUUGCAGAAAGAGGUGUUUUUAGAAGUUUCACUACAAGAAAGCCUACUUGUUAAGGAGAGCGGGGCAGGGAACGCGGCCAUGCCAAAGAUCCUGGGUGAGCCCAGCAGAGCUGCACAGCAAGACUGGAGUUUGCGGCUUGUUAAUCAGGAAGGGGGGGUGGGGGGUGGGGAGGUGUUUUUCCUUUAAAUACCGCAGCAUAUUACUUAGCGUGAAGGCUGGACGUCCGACCAGACAGAGGGGUGAUGCAGCAGGAACCCAGCAUCCUCUGCUCUUUCACAACUGAAGCUACCAGAACACGCACAGGUUUCAAGCAGGGCCGCGCAUCGGCGGUGACGAGGACAGGCCUGGGGCCCCCAGCUGCCCCCGGGGCCCUGCAGCUCCCGCGGGCGCCGGGACGAAGGGCCCUGCCCUCGCGGGCAGCCUUUGGCUCCUUUGCGAGAUCGGGUGUAAAGUUUUGUAUCUCUCUUUCAUAAUUGACCCACCACACAGAUUUUUCUUUCCUUUAAUAAAAGUCCCUUUUGUA